AUGGCGGACGUAGAGAAGUCUGGCAGCGAUCCCAAGAACGUUCAAGAUCUGGCUUCUCUUGUGCAACAACUGCUUCAAGAUAUGCAGAACAAAUUUGAGGCCAUGUCCGUUUCACUUGACGACAUGGGCUCACGCAUUGACGAUCUGGAAAAGAACAUCGCAGAUUUGAUGACCCAAGCUGGCGUUAAUGAUGGGGGAUUGUAA